AUGCAGGAGGACGCCAACCUGUCCUUGCACACAGACAACCCGGACCUCACUCCCUGCUUCCAGAACUCCCUGCUGGCCUGGGUCCCCUGCAUCUACCUGUGGGCCGCCCUGCCCUGCUACCUGUUCUACCUGCGGUACCACCACCAAGGCUACAUCGUCCUCUCCCUCCUCUCCAGGCUCAAGACGGUCUUGGGUGUCCUGCUGUGGUGCGUCUCCUGGGCUGACCUCUUCUACUCCUUCCAUGGCCUGGUCCACGGCUGGGCCCCCGCCCCCGUCUUCUUUGUAACCCCCUUGGUGGUGGGGGUCACCAUGCUGCUGGCCACCCUGCUGAUCCAAUAUGAGCGGCUGCAGGGGGUGCAGUCCUCGGGGGUCCUCAUCAUCUUCUGGUUCCUGUGUGUGGUCUGCGCUAUCAUCCCCUUCCGCUCCAAGAUCCUUUCAGCCAUGGUAGAGGGCAAGAUCUUGGACCCCUUCCGCUUCACUACCUUCUACAUCUACUUCGUCCUGGUGCUCUCUGCCCUCAUCCUGUCCUGCUUCAGGGAGAAGCCGCCGUUUUUCUCCCCAAAGAACGUCGAUCCCAACCCCUGCCCAGAGACCGACGCCGGCUUCCUCUCCCGCCUGUCUUUCUGGUGGUUCACAAAGCUGGCCAUCCUUGGCUACCGGCGCCCCCUGGAAGAUCAGGACCUGUGGUCCCUGAACAAGGAGCAUCGCUCCGAGGUGGUGGUGCAGAGACUGCUGGAGGCCUGGAAGAGGCAGCAAAAGCAGGCAGCACAACACAAGGCCGCAGCGGCAUCUGGGAAGACAAUGUCCAGUGAGGAUGAGGAGCUGCUGGCGGGCCGGCCCAGGCCCCGGGAGCCCUCCUUCCUGCGGGCCCUGCUGGUCACCUUUGGCCCCGGCUUCAUCACCAGCACAUGCUUCAUGCUGAUCCAGGACCUCCUUUCCUUCGUCAACCCACAGCUGCUCAGCAUCCUGAUCAGGUUUAUUUCAAACCCCAUGGCCCCCACCUGGUGGGGCUUCCUGGUGGCCGGGCUGAUGUUCGUGUGCUCCGUGAUGCAGACUCUGAUCUUGCACCAGUAUUACCACUGCAUCUUUGUGAUGGGGUUGAGGCUUCGUACGGGGAUCAUAGGUGUCAUCUACAGGAAGGCUCUGGUCAUCACCAAUUCAGUCAAACGUGAGUCCACGGUGGGAGAAUUGGUCAACCUCAUGUCAGUGGAUGCCCAGCGCAUCAUGGAUGUCGCCCCCUUCCUCAACAUGCUGUGGUCGGGGCCCCUGCAGAUCAUCCUGGCCAUCUACUUCCUCUGGCAGAAACUGGGUCCCUCCAUUCUGGCUGGAGUCGCCUUCAUGGUCUUGCUGAUCCCAAUCAAUGGAGUUGUGGCCAUGAAGAUGCGCACUUUACAGGUAGAACAAAUGAAAUUCAAGGACUCGCGCAUCAGGCUGAUGAGCGAGAUCCUGGGUGGCAUCAAGGUGCUGAAGUUAUACGCCUGGGAGCCCAGCUUCUUGCAGCAGGUGGAGGGCAUCCGACAGAGUGAACUCCGGCUGCUGCGCCAGGCUGCCUACCUCCACGCCAUCUCCAUCUUCACCUGGAUCUGCACCCCCUUCCUGGUGACCCUCAUCACCCUCGGGGUGUACGUGUCUGUGGACCCUAACAACGUGCUGGACGCUGAGAAGGCCUUUGUGUCGGUGUCCCUGUUCAAUAUCUUAAAGAACCCCCUCAGCAUGCUGCCCCAGAUCAUCAGCGGCCUGACCCAGACCAGCGUGUCUCUGAAACGGAUCCAGCAUUUCCUGAGCCAAGAUGAACUUGACCCCCAGUGUGUGGAAAGAAAUACCAUCGCCCCAGGCUAUGCAGUCACCAUAGACAGUGGCACCUUCACCUGGGCCCAGGACCUGCCCCCAACCCUGCACAGCUUAGACAUCCAGGUGCCAAAAGGGGCCCUGGUGGCCGUGGUGGGGCCCGUGGGCUGUGGAAAGUCUUCCCUGGUGUCUGCCCUUCUGGGAGAGAUGGAGAAGCUGGAAGGCAAGGUGUAUGUGAAGGGCUCCGUGGCCUACGUGCCCCAACAGGCCUGGAUCCAGAACUGCACUCUUCAGGAAAAUGUGCUCUUUGGCCGAGGCCUGGACCCCAAGCGCUACCAACGGACCCUGGAGGCCUGUGCCCUGCUAGCCGACCUGGAGGUGCUGCCUGGCGGGGACAAGACAGAGAUUGGAGAGAAGGGCAUCAACUUGUCUGGGGGCCAGCGGCAGCGGGUCAGCCUGGCCCGAGCUGUUUACAGUGAUGCCGACAUUUAUUUGCUGGAUGACCCACUGUCAGCCGUGGACUCCCACGUGGCCAAACACAUCUUUGACCAAGUCAUCGGGCCGGAAGGUGUGCUGGCAAGCAAGACCCGGGUGCUGGUGACCCACGGCAUCAGCUUCCUGCCCCAGACAGACUUCGUCGUCGUGCUGGCUGACGGACAGGUGUCUGAGGUGGGCACUUACCCAGCCCUCCUGCAGCGCAACGGCUCCUUUGCCAACUUCCUCCACAACUACGCACCGGAUGAGGGCGAGGAACACCAGGAGGAGAGCAGCAGGACCGCAGCCUUGGAGGAGGCAGACAACGAGGAGCUGCUGCUGAUUGAAGACACGCUCAGCAGCCACACAGACCUGAUGGACAACGAACCGGUCCUGUACGAGGUCCAGAAGCAGUUUAUGAGACAGCUGAGUACCAUGUCCUCGGAGGGGGAGGGCCAAGGUCGGCCUGCGCCCCGGCGGCGCCUGGGUCCAGCAGAAAAGCUGGCGCAGGCAGCAGAGGCGAAAGCAAAUGGGACGCUGAUUGAAGAGGAGAAAGUGGAGACGGGCAAGGUGAAGCUGAACGUGUUCUGGGAUUAUGCCAGGGCUGUGGGGCACUGUACCACCCUGGUCAUCUGUCUGCUGUACGCGGGACAAAGCGCAGCUGCCAUUGGCGCCAACAUGUGGCUCGGCGCCUGGACCAACGAGGCCACGGUGGGUGGCCGACAGAACAGCACCGCCCAGAGGCUGGGUGUGUAUGCCACCUUGGGAAUUCUGCAAGGGGUCCUGGUGGUGCUGUCCUCCAUCAUGAUGGUCGUGGGCUGCGUCCGGGCUGCGCGCUUGCUGCACCAGGCACUGCUGCACAACAAGAUGCGCUCGCCACAGGCCUUCUUCGACACCACGCCGUCGGGCCGCAUCCUCAACCGCUUCUCCAAGGACAUCUGCGUCAUCGACGAGGCUCUGGCCCCCACCAUCCUCAUGCUGCUGAGCUCCUUCUACACCUCCGUCUCCACCAUCGUGGUCAUCAUGGUCAGCACGCCGCUCUUCGCUGUGGUCAUCCUGCCUCUGGCUGUCUUCUACAUCUUGGUGCAGCGCUUCUAUGUGGCCACAUCGCGGCAGCUGAAGCGGCUGGAGUCGGUCAGCCGCUCGCCCAUUUACUCGCACUUUUCGGAGACGGUGACUGGCUCCAGCGUCAUCCGGGCCUAUGGCCGCAGCCAGGCCUUUGAGGCCAUCAGUGAUGCUAAGGUGGACACCAACCAGAGGAGCUGCUACCCCAGCAUCUCCUCCAACAGGUGGCUGGGGGUCCGAGUGGAGUUCCUGGGGAACUGUGUUGUGUUCUUUGCUGCACUCUUCGCUGUCAUUGGGAGAAGCAGCCUGAGUCCAGGGAUGGUGGGCCUGUCGGUGUCCUAUGCCCUACAGGUGACAUUUUCUCUGAACUGGAUGAUACGGAUGUUAUCAGACUUGGAGUCUAAUAUUGUGGCUGUGGAGAGAGUCAAGGAGUACUCCAAGACGGAGACCGAGGCCCCCUGGGUGGUGGAGGGCAGCCGCCCUCCUGCAGGCUGGCCCACGCGGGGCGAGGUGGAGUUCCGGAAUUACUCCGUGCGCUACCGGCCAGGCCUGGAUCUGGUGCUGAGGGACCUGAGUCUCCGCGUGCGCGGCGGCGAGAAGGUGGGCAUCGUGGGCCGCACGGGGGCUGGCAAAUCAUCCAUGACCCUCAGCCUGUUCCGCCUCCUGGAGGCCUCAGGGGGUGAAAUCCGCAUCGACGGCAUCAACAUAGCGGACAUCGGGCUUCAUGACCUGCGCUCUCAGCUGACCAUCAUCCCCCAGGACCCCAUCCUGUUCUCGGGGACCCUGCGUAUGAACCUAGACCCCUUCGGCAAUUCCUCGGAGGAAGACAUAUGGCGGGCCUUGGAGCUGUCCCACCUGAACACGUUCGUGAGCGCCCAGCCCGCAGGCCUGGACUUCCAGUGCUCCGAGGGAGGCGAGAAUCUCAGUGUGGGUCAGCGGCAGCUUGUGUGCCUGGCCCGAGCCCUUCUUCGCAAGAGCCGAAUCCUGGUUUUAGACGAGGCCACGGCCGCCAUUGAUCUGGAGACUGAUGACCUCAUCCAGGCCACCAUCCGCACCCAAUUUGAGAGCUGCACGGUGCUGACCAUCGCGCACCGGCUCAACACCAUCAUGGACUACACCAGGGUCCUGGUGCUGGACAAAGGGACAGUCGCUGAAUUUGAUUCUCCAACCAACCUCAUCGCGGCCAGAGGCAUCUUCUAUGGGAUGGCCAGAGAUGCUGGUCUCGCCUAACAUAGAUUCCUGGGUUUUCCUCCUGGCUGACCUGGUUUUCUUCAGAAAGGAAAAGGACAGACACCACCUAUGUCUGCAGAAUAAACCUGGUAGCUGGGGGCAUUUGUUAGACUGUUGCUCCUGUGAAGCACCCUGGGGGAAAACCGUGCGAAAUGCUGUAGAUGAGGGAGCGAGGCUCCGGGGGUGCCUGACGUGCCCAAGGUCACAGAUGGUUUGAGGCAGAACCCAGACUCGUGCCCGGAUCUCCUGAUCCCCAGUCUCCUGUUCUGUCCCCACGACACUGCUUGCAAUCACUUCAUGGAGCAACCUCCCUACCCCUAGAUGACUUUUCAUAGUUUCUAUUCUGAAGUCUUUUUGUAAAAAAAAAUAAAGCUUUUUCCUCCUGAAACAGAAGCUUGCCAGGUCAGGCCGUCCCUAAGAACCGAGUCCUGGACUCUGGAGUGCUGGCCUGAAUCCAUUAAAAAAUGGAACGGUG